CUUCCAAAACACCAACAACGUUUCGGAACAAAUUAUUUACAAGGAAAUCUACAAAAAGCUUUUACCUUGGAAUGGAUCCGCAAGAGAACUCCGAGUUGGAUAGAAAGAACGCAGAGGAGCCCGCUCCAUCGAUGAAGAUUAAAAUCAAGCCAAAGGUACGCAUCGUUGAAAAUGGCAGCACAGAAGUACCUGCCAGCUCUACGAGUACCAACUAUGGCGGUAGUAUCGUCCAAUCCAUGGGUGGCGGUACAGUGGCCUGCAGCAUCGGCAGUGCUACUGCUAGCGCUUCCAUCUCUUCGACCAUUAAUCAGACGAUUGCAUCAGAGCCAAUGGCGAUGCCACAACCCACACUGCGUCUCGUUCUGCGACGUCCCGACACGACCCGUCGGGUUACCUUCCACGUUGAUGUUGUCGACAACGAGAACAUGAAUCGUCGCAAGUCCAAGUGCUGUUGCAUCUACAACAAGCCGCACCCCUUCGGCGAGAGCUCCUCCGAAACGGAUGACGAGUGCGAGCACUGUUUUGGACAUCCCGAGGUGCGGGCAGAGAAUCGCCAAAGGAAGAUGAAGGCCGCCUGUGGUUGCGGCUGUAGGGGAGGUCACACUCACUCGGAUGCCACAGAGUUGGUGUCAGAAGAGCAAGGGACCUCAGGGUCCCAGGCAGAAUAUCAAACAUCUGCUCAGCACACCGCUGAUGAUCCGGAUGGGGAAGCCCAAGAAAUGCCUGCCAUAGUAGAGGAGCCAAAACUAGUCGAAUUUCCAGAGAUCUCAGCAAAGCAGAAGCAACACAAAGGGGAGGAGGACACACUCUCCUAG